CGCUGCGUGCGUGGUACGGAACACAGUCAAAGGUAGCGCGACUGAGUAGAGUGGGCGGGUUGUCGUCCGCGCCCUGUCAGUAGCGCGAGGUGGGUGAUGAACUUGUUGGCUUCCAGCGGCCCUUCUUCUUCUUCCUCCUCCUCCUCUGGCUGUCGCCGCCAUUAUGUCCGUCACCGCCACGAUAGAGCAGGAGUUCCAGGAAAUCGACGCUGCUAACGACUGGCAGCUCCGCUACCUGGAUAUUCGGCACCAAUCCAAUGACUAUCCACAUAAAGUUGCAAAGUAUGCAGAAAACCGAAAUCGUAACAGAUACAGAGAUGUUAGCCCAUAUGACCACAGUCGUGUAAUACUGCAGAACACAGACAAUGAUUAUAUCAAUGCAAGCUUGGUGGUUAAUGAAGAAGCUCAGAGAAAUUAUAUAUUAACACAGGGUCCACUUCCUAAUACUUGUUGCCAUUUCUGGCUAAUGGUAUGGCAACAAAAGACCAAAGCAGUUGUCAUGCUGAACAGAAUUGUCGAGAAAGAUUCGGUGAAAUGUGCACAAUACUGGCCAACAAAGGAGGAGGAGGAAAUGAUGUACAAAGAGACAGGAUUUUGUGUGAGGCUAAAAUCUGAAGAUGUCAAAUCUUACUAUACAGUACGCCAACUUCAGCUAGAAAAUAUCAAUACGUGUGAAUCCAGAGUGAUAUUCCAUUUUCAUUAUACUACAUGGCCAGAUUUUGGAGUUCCUGAAUCUCCAGCUUCAUUCCUCAAUUUCUUGUUUAAAGUCAGAGAAUCUGGUUCUUUGAGUCCUGAACACGGGCCAGCAGUCAUUCACUGUAGUGCUGGAAUUGGGCGCUCUGGUACAUUUUCAUUGGUAGAUACAUGCCUUGUCUUGAUGGAAAAAAGAAAAUAUCCACUUUCUGUAGACAUUAAACAAGUAUUAUUGAAUAUGAGAAAAUAUCGAAUGGGACUUAUCCAGACUCCUGACCAGCUGCGAUUUUCAUACAUGGCUAUAAUAGAAGGAGCAAAAUAUAUAAUGGGUGAUUCUAAUAUACAGAAUCAGUGGAAAGAACUCUCAAAAGAGGACCAGACACCAAGUUCUGAAAGCUCUCCUCCAAACCCAGCCAAGCUAACUCCACAGACGUGGAAUGGGAACAGUGUAGAAUUGGAAAAUCAGGAGCAAACCAAUAACUUAAAUGCUGAUCUGUCUCCUACAAUACAAAAUAUUGUAGAUGCAAGUGCUGACAAUGCUUUUCGGAAACGGGUGAGAGAGGACAGAAAAGCUAAUACAGCACAGAUGGUGCAGCAGAUGAAACAUAAGCUGACUGAGGCUGAAAGAAAAAGAAAAAGGCCGAGAGUGACCGACACCUAAACCACCAAGACUUAUGAAUAUUCUGCAGCUAUAAAUAUACACAAUUGGCAUGCAAAGCAGGACAUCACUCCUCUUCAGGAACAAAAGUGAGGUCUGAGCAAUAUCCGGGUGGCCUCAUAAAUAUCUGUUUACAACGUAAACAACCAGGGAAUGAAGUACAUCACCAGCAAGAGACUUUGCAAAAUAAUUUGUCUUAAGUGUUUUAUGCUUGUAUCAACUGUAGAAAGAUGUAAGAGAUAACAUUAGAAAGUACUUUGUACUGCCAUUCUUACUGUAUUUUUUAUACUUUUGGCAGCAUUAAAUAUUUUUUUUAAUUGA